AUGGCAUCAAUUGGUCCCAGUUUGCCCGCACAUCUGCAGCAAUCCCAUAGGUCACGUUCCGGCUCACCUGAACCUGGACCGUCCACGGAUCCACAAAUAGUUGCGACAAUCGGGCCUCAUAUCUCUCCAUCCGUUAGGCCUCGGCUACUUGCGGCUACUGCUAGGCCAUCUCGCCCGGCUGUACCCGUUGAAGACGCCGAAGAGGACGAAGAGGAUGACUAUGCGCCCGCCCUUCCGCCUGAUCUUGCGGCUUCUCGUCCUGUUGCUCCCGCCCGUCGCGUGCUCGGCCCCGCACUGGGGCCUACUUCGUACGCGAACGAUGAUUCCGACGAUGAUGUGGGACCAGCGCCCUUACCGGCAGGCCAUGUAUAUGGUGAACGCGAUGCUGUAAAAGAAUUCCAGGAGAGAGAAGAGCGGAGGAAGAAGGCCAUAGAGGAAGCGGCGAAACCCAAGGCCUUAAAGCGCGACGAAUGGAUGCUUGCUCCACCAUCCCAGUCCGACUUAUUGAACAAUUUGGACCCCACCAAGAUGAGGAAGGCCCGCCAGUUCUCCCGCUCGACUGCACCGCCAAAGAAGGUCGAUAACACGUUGUGGACCGAGACGCCAGCCGAACGUCAACAACGCCUGGCCGAUGAGGUUAUGGGCAAGAGACGGCGGGUGGAGAAUGCUGAUGAUGUCGAAGAUGGUGACAAUGCAGUAGAAGCGCGGAAACGAAGGAGACGAGAGGCGGAACUGGCGCGACAGGUCGAGGAUUAUACGAAACAACAUCGCGGGCCUUCACUCGUGGACGCACAUGAGCUGGCAGAGUCUCGUAAGAAAAAGAGUCCUGACGAUGAACCUUCAGGGAUAUGGGACCACUCCCGUGAUAUGGCUACCGGUGGGCGACUCAUGGACGAGAAGGACCGCAGGAAGCUUAUUAACGACGCAAGGGACUUGUCCUCAAGAUUUGGUGCAGGAAGCGGUGGCGGCUUUCUUUGA